UUGCGAUGCAAAGCUAUUAUUUAAUUCCGGUGUGAUUAUAAUCAAUGUUUGAGUUUGCACCUGCAAAUGCUCGCUAUUAAUUGAUAAAGCUUAUCCAGAUCUAUAUAGAUCUAGUCUCAGAUAUAGAGAUAUAUAGAUCUCGAGGUCUAAUCAUAUCCUGUUAAAUUAAUUGUGAGAACAUGAUAUGGCUGAUGUGAUUUCAAGGAAUAUUUCUAGUCCAACUCCAGCAAUGCAGAAAAGUAAAAAGUCAGCUAGACGAACUCCUCGACGACCAGUAACACCUGGAAAAAAUAAAACAGGAAAGGAUUUAUGGAUGGCUGCAAUUAAGAAACGACAAACCUUGACCCUUGGAAAUGGUUAUCGACCAACCAAUCCAAAGCACAAGACAACGACAGAAUUUUUUAUUGAUACACUUCGUAGGACUGGUGUUGGUAUUAGUGCAGAAACUAAUAAGAAUCAGUCCAUGUCUGGGUUGCCUCGGGGUAAUACCAAUGCAUAUCCUUAUCUAAGUACAUCUCACUUUAUAAGGCAGGUGGUAGGAGUGGAAAGUUCACCAAGGGUAGACAGUGCUCAAGUGCGAACUAAUGCAGGGACGCCUGCCUACAAAACACCAGAGGAAUACUAUGAUGAAGUCUUAACCUUACGUAAGCAUAUAGCAGCCUUAACAUUAGAGUCCAAUACACAGAAGACAAGAAUCAGACGUUUAGAAGAAGACAAUCAGAAAAAGGAAAAAGAAAUUGAGGGCCUUCUUAAUCCUGAUAAGAAUAGUGAACUCAGGAGAACUAUAGGAGAUAGGAAAGCAGACUCUGGGGCUGUAUUGCAUAGUUAUAAACAGAAAAUUUUAAAGUUGGAAACACAAUUGAAAAGUCAGGAAUCAGCAUAUAGUAAACUCCAGUCAGAUUUGAAAACAACAAAAAUUGAUGAAAUGAGAGUCCAGCUUGAAGUGCUUUAUUCAGAACUUGUUCGACUCCAGAUGAUGAAAGACUCCACAGGAUCAGCAGAAAAGUCCAGUCCUGCUAAAGAAACAUCCGCCAAAGUGAAGGCAUUAAGUGAGACAGUUAUACGCCUUAGUAAAACAAAUGAACAAUUACAGGCAGAGAACAAAUCUCUGAAGGAUGAUCUGAACAGACUAAUGGAAGAGUCAGAUACCAACCUGGAAGUGAAAAAAGACUAUGCUGACAUGAAUAGAAAAGAGCUGCUGAAGACAAUCAAUGCCUUGGAACAGAAAAUCGCCCAAGCUGAACUAGGAAUGUUUGAAAAGGAUGAUGGCUCUGUGAGAUCAUAUGGAACACCACGCAGAGUGCAAGGUAAAAUGGAUCUAAAAGGCAGCUUGGAAGAUAGAUUACAACAAUUGGAUGAACGAGAAACACAACUGCUUCAAGAAGUGUCUAGACUUCAGACAAUUGUGAAAAGAGAGCGAGACAAAAAGGAUGAGAAACAUACAUCAUCUCUGCCACCCACACCAAGAAAAAGACAAAGUCUAGUUACAAAUGAAGAAAAAAUUGCUCAGCCACUUAGAGCUGAAAAAAGUUCAAGACCAAACAGUUCAAGGCGAUCAGAAGCCGGGUCAAGGCCCGGUAGCUCCAGAUCAAGAGAAGAGAAAGUUGAGAAUUUCCAACAGAAGCAUGCGGCUACAAGUAUACAGCGACUCUGGAAAAAGAGACAACAGGAGAAGACUGAUAAGGAGGUACAAGCCUUUAGAGAAAAUCUGGCCGCUAAAAGAAUACAACAUGGCUGGUUGGAAUAUAAACAAAGACAUAUAGAUGAAGACUUAGAUGAUGCAGCAUGUGUCAUUCAAGGUACUCUUAAAGGUCAUUAUACAAGGCAUAAAUUUAUGGUCCAACCAGAUUAUACAGAUGAUGAUGUAUAUUUAAUUCAGUCCAGCCUUAGAGGUCACAGGGUCAGAACACGAAAUUUGCGUAACAUGAGAAAUGUAGAAAGGAUGGAUAGCGAUUUGUUAAGCCUUAGCCGUCAAAGCUCACCGACGUAUAGGCCACCAACAGCACAGCGCAAGACAUCUAUCGGAAGCAGGGGGAGUGCAGCCCAAUUCGGAAGUCAAGUGAUAAAUUCUGGUAGACGCACAUCCCCAAGUUCAAGGCCAUCUUCAGCUUCAAUGUCAAGGAGGAAAUCAAGUCAGAUCUUUCAGGCUCGUUAUGAUGCUGAAGCUGAUGAUGAUGAUGACAUUAUGACAUAAAAUCGUCACACACUAACGCAUUAGAUUAAUUCAAUACCGUCUCUCUUCUUGAAUUUAUUUAUACUUCAGUUUUAAAUGUAACUUAAUAAUUUUAACAGAUGUUGUUGAUAACUAACAGAGCUGUAACUAAUCAGUUUUAGAGGCUAGUUUAGUGACAAAAUAUUGUAUUGUGUAUCAGGGUAUAUGAAUAAACUUUGUUAAGAAUUAAUUUAUACAAAAUUUUGUAUGUUACAAUAACCAUUUUAGCUUACAUGUAAUUUUGUGGGUUUUCAUGUUAAAUUAGUAAUUGUUUGCAAGGACACAAAUGUAGCCAAGUUAAUGCCAACAGAUAUAAGGAAUACCAGGAAUAUAUAUCUAUUUAUAAUUCUAUUCUACACCUUAUAUCUGUUUGCUUGGUACUUUUUAUUGUACUAUGUCUGCUUGCAUUGUUUUCAUUAAAUCUAGAAAAGUCUUGUACUAAAGGAGCAUGAGACUUUUAUUUAGUCAGUUUUUAUUAAUGAUAGUAUAUCUGGAAUAAGAAAGCACAAUUUAAAUAGUCUACAUACUAGUUAAAACUACAUGUAGAAAUUAAGAACAAAACAUCACAACCUUAUAACAUACAAUACUUUAGCCUUGCAGAUUUAGCCUACAUUUUUGUUAUUACUGGUACAUUAUUUGUUUUUAUUUAGAUUAGAAUUGUAUCUAGAAUAUACUAUUAUUAUUUCCUCUGCCUAAACAAACAAUAAAUGUAGUCUUUCAAACAAUGUUUACUUAGAAAUUUUUUUUUUUGUUGUUAUUGACAGUGCCUGUGAACAUUGAAAGCCAGAAAAUCCAAGGUUAUACUAAUUUAAGAAUUCCUUGGUGUAGACUUAUGUCUCAAUUAAAAGUUUUAUGAUAUAUUCUUUGUGCCUAAUUACAUCAUUGUCAUCUUACAUGCUAAUCAUGUUACAGUGGAACCCCAAAUGUACUACUGUAGCUUAACAUGCUUGAAACUUUGCAGAGCCUAAGUGUCCAAACCAAUUUUUUUCUGUUCUUAAUUCACAAACCUGUUCCCUUUUCUCAUUCUUUGACAUGCUUGUUUUGGAUGUUAGUAUAUAAAGGAAUCAUGUUCUUCACAUUUUGUCCUAAUGACUAUACCAAAUGAUCUCAAUGUUGUUGUUGUUAUUAGCAGCUCACAUAAAUGUAAAACAUGUUUCACAGAAAAUCAAUCUGAUUUUCUCUGAUUAUGAUUAUUCUAACUUUACUGGAUAUGUCAAUGAUUCUAUUAUGUAUCCAUCACCAAUGGUAGAUCAAAUCCCCACAUUUUCUCUUGUGAAACUUGCCUAUACUAAUAUUUUAUAGGAUACACACAUUUUCUAGGGCAAUAAUCACACAAGUGUCAUCACUGAGAGACCAUACUUUCCUUCACCAAUAACAAAAAUGUAUUUAAGUCUGUCAGAUUAAUGAGUCCUCUUCCCAAAAUCUCAAAAUAAUAAUAAAAAAAAAACUUGUUUCUGUGAUUUAAAACUUAUUUUCAUAUAGAAAAAAAACUAUUUUUGAAACUUUAUUUGGAUUUCAUUUUUAAUGUUUAAAUUUUCAUUGGCAUUACCAAGCCAACUAAUAAUAUAAUUGUUGUACAUGUUGUACAUGUAAUAUUUUUGACACUUGUAGACCAACAAUAGAUCUAAUUGAUUAAAAUGUAAUUGAGAACCCUUUUAAUAAAUGGAAUCCUCUCUUCUCUUGAGUCUAUUUUUAUAAUUCAUGAAGGCUGCCCAGUGUAUUUUCAGUCAUGGAAAAUCUACCUAUGACAAAUAUGUGGAUGAAUAUUUGUACAUAUCACAAACCCUUAAUUAAUACUGGUAACUCAAGAAAUACAUUGUAGGGCAUAGUGAACAUUCUAAGGUUUUUAGGCAGAUUUUAAGACUCAGUGUUUUUAUAUUGUUGAAAAAGGUUAUAACAUCUUUUAAAGACUGUUUUGUCUCUAUAUCGUUACAUUUGGUUGUACAAGUUACACAGUGGACUAAGCAUACUUAGUCUUUGUGACUAGUCCCAAGUUUUACUGAAUUAUAGACAUAUUUUGUAAUAAACAUUUUAUAUACUUUUAUCUCUACAUGCUAGAUCUAUGUAAAUAAUUGUUUAUGAAACAGCUGUCUAUGUGAUAAUUUAUACCUUUUCAUGUCAUUUUGCACUUUUAAUUUUUAUUUACACUAUUUACAAAUUAACCUUUUAGAUAUGUAGUAACAGAAACACAAUUCUAUUUAUUCUUCAUGAUAUAUAUUAAUGUCUCAUAUCUACCUAUGAAAAAAAGAAAGUAUCUCUGUGUUUAUAAAAUGCACCUAUGUUCUGUUUUUAAAUAAACUUUUAGGCUAUACAGUAUCAAA